AUGAACAAAUCAGAUCCAAAACCAAGUAUCGAACACAUUGAGUCGAACUCAAUCGAUUUGAAAGAGAAAAAUGACGUUUUAGAUGAUGUUCAAUUGGCCACAGACUCAGAACAUGACAUAACUUUGAAAGAAGCCUUGAAGGUUUAUCCUAUGUGUAUCUUCUGGGGUAUUAUAAUCUCUUCAACCAUUAUUAUGGAAGGUUAUGAUGUUUCAUUAUUAGGUAAUUUCAUUGGAUAUCCAUCGUUCCAAAAGAAAUAUGGUAGACCUUUUGAAGAUCACUAUGAAUUGACAGGUCCUUGGCAAGUGGGCUUAAGUUGUGCAUCAUCAGUGGGGGCUUUUUUUGGAGUAUUAUCGAAUGGGUUCUUAAUUGAGAAAUUCGGUCACAGGAAAGUUAUAAUGUUCUUCCUUGUUUGGAUGACAGGAGGAAUAUUCAUUCCUUUUUUUGCUCCUAGAGUUGAAGUGUUAUUAGUAGGCCAAAUAUUCAACGGUAUCCCUUGGGGAGUGUUCGCAACCAUGGGUCCAACUUAUAGUUCAGAAAUUAUGCCGGUUGCUUUAAGAGGUUAUAUGACAGCUUUUGUUAACUUAUGUUGGGCAACUGGACAAUUAUUAGCUGGAGGAAUUUUGAAAGGACUCGUCAGUAAUACCACGGAAUGGGGGUAUCGUAUCCCUUUUGCUCUUCAAUGGGUUUUCCCCAUCCCAUUGAUAAUCAUGACUUAUUUGGCUCCCGAUUCUCCUUGGUGGUUGAUAAGAAGUGGCAAAGAAGAAGAGGCAGCUAAGUCAUUAGCACGUCUUUGGAAUAAAAAAAUCCACCACCGUAUUCCUCAACAAAUCAAUUUAAUGAAACACACCAACGAAUUAGAGAAACAACAACAUAACUCCAAAUCUAAUGAUGAAAAAGGUUGGAGAGGUUACUUACAAUGUUUCCAAGGAACCAACUUGAGAAGAACCGAAAUUGUUUGUGUGUGUUUCAUUGGACAAAUUUUAGCAGGAAGUAGUUUCGCCUAUCAACCAUCUUAUUUCUUUAGACAAGCAGGUCUUGAUCCUGCCAACACUUAUAAAUUAAACUUAGGUACCACAGCCAUUUCUUUUACUGGGUGUAUUGUUUCAUGGCUUUUCAUCAAUAAAUUUGGAAGAAGAAGAAUUUAUGUUACAGGAUAUUUCUUCUUAACAUCAUUACUAUUAUUGAUUGGUGUCUUGGCAAUCCCAAAACAAACUCCAGGUAUUCAAUGGACUCAAUGUGGAAUUGUUUUGGUAUGGGUAGGUAUUUAUGCUACAACUAUUGGUCCUUUGACUUACACAAUCAUUUCUGAAAUGAGUGCUACCAGAUUGAGAGCUCAAUCAAUUGCUUUAGCCAGAAAUAGUUACAACAUUAUAUCCUUGUUAUCCCAUAUAAUCCAGCCCUAUUUACUUAAUCCAGGAGAAGCUGACUUAAAGGGUAAAACAGCAUUCUUCUGGUUUGGAACAGCUUUCCCAACAUUGAUAUGGAGUUAUUUUAGAUUACCCGAAUCAAAAGAUAGAACCUAUGAGGAAUUAGAUAUCUUGUUUGAUCGUAAAAUUAGUGCUAGGAAGUUCGCUUCAACUGAAUUGGAUUAUGUCCCUGAGGUUGAUAUCGAUUGA